GAUAAAAAAAAAAUAAUGGGGAAAGAACUGAUCAAAGAGGUCGUCUCUUAGCUACUAGUCAUCAAUCACCCUUUCUUAUUCUUAUUAUUCUUUUCUCUACUAAUUAAUAUAAUUUCAUCCUUACAUAUAUUUUCUUUUUAGUCCAACAAAAAUAAUGUUAGUUCUCAUUCACCUAACUUAUUAGAAUUUUAGUCUUGGAAGCAAAAAACUAGGAGAUCAAGAAAUUAAAACAAAAUAAUAAUGCAAGAAAGGAAUGAUGAUCAAAGCGAGUGCUCGAAAACGAAUCGUUGUGAUCAAGAAGGUGAGGAGGAACAAGACGAUGAAGAAGAGAGCGACGAAAAUGAUGAUGAAGGAACAUUUAACAUUAGCAAAAAUAAUGGAGGGUGUUCAAGUAAUAGCACGGUUGAAGAAACAAGUGAUGAGUUGAAGAAAUCGAGUUCGUCUACCGUUAGGCCUUAUGUUCGAUCUAAAACGCCUAGGCUUCGAUGGACACCCGAUCUCCACCUUCGAUUCAUCCACGCCGUUGAAAGGCUUGGUGGACAAGAUAAAGCAACACCUAAGUUAGUUCUUCAGCUUAUGAACAUCAAAGGACUAAGUAUAGCUCAUGUCAAGAGUCAUCUACAGAUGUAUAGGAGCAAAAAGGUUGAGGAUGAAAGUCAAGCAGGAUCAUGUGACCAAAGACAUCUUUUUGAAGUUGGAGAUUGCAACAUCUUCAAUCUUAGCCAGAUUCCUCUGCUACAAGGCUAUUGCCAAGCUUCAAGUUCCAGUUUCAGAAACGUAGACCCUACAAAGACUACACAUCAAAAUUGGAUGCAUGAUUUGUACACAAUAGACAUGGACUCCAGGGUGAAUAACAAUGUACGGGCAAGAUUUGGAAAUGAGCCAUAUCCUCGGCAAAUCAUUGAGCAAGCUCAUCAAGAGACAAGGCCAAUGCAUUACCGCGAUCAAACAAGGCAAAACCCGAGCACACGGCCAAUAACAAGGGAUAUAAGUCCAAGGGUGCUACACCCUCUACACCAAGAGAUACUAGAGGAGAAGUUCAUUAUUAUUAGUAGUAAAGAUAGUCUUCAAAAUCGAAUGUCGCUUAAGAGGAAAAGAGUAGAUUGGGAUGGUAAUAUUGACUUGGAUUUGUCACUAAAACCACCAAGAAGAGAAAGUGAAGCAAUUAUUCUUGAUGAUGAGGAAGUUGAUAAAAGUAUUAGCUUAUCUUUGUUGCUCCAUCACACGUCUUCAUCGUCCUCAUCGAAGCUCGAUAACAAGGUUAGGGAAGGAGGUGAUAGUAAUAAUAAGGAGGAAUGUUGUGCAAGAGGGACAAGUACCCUAGAUCUGACUUUGUGAAUGAGACAUUUUUAUUCUAAGUGAGAUCUUGAUAAGGUACUUGUUCUAGAGUUAUGCAUCAAUUUUCCUUCACUCAAAUGUCAUUGUUAGUAGUAACUAUCUUCAAAAAGGUAAUAACGACUUAUCACUUUUUGGGUGU